CCAAAUGAUUUGUCAAUAUCCUGCAAGUCAUCUCACUCUGAUUAUGUUCUGUUCAUUAAUCAGUAUACAGGUACAGAGUUUCCCUGCGAAGAGCUCAAUGCUUCAUCCUCCAUUCCUACUUCAGUCCAUGAACUCCGACCAGCAGAUGUCAAAGUUGUGGCGGCAGUGGGGGAUUCUUUGACAGCAGGGAACGGCAUCGCUUCCAGCCCAAAUAACAUCCUGGACGUCUUACGUCAGUACCGAGGUUUAUCGUGGAGUGUUGGUGGAGAUGGAAACCUUACGUCUGUAACCACCCUGCCCAACAUUUUAAAACAUUUCAACCACAACGUGACCGGCUACUCGCUUGGUGUUGGCGAUCAGGACAGUCCACAGGCUUUCCUUAACCAGGCAGUGCCAGGUGGGAAGAGCAAGGAUAUACCUUCACAAGUGCGUGCCCUCGUGACCAGGAUGAAAAAUGAUGCUAGAAUCAACUUUGAAUCAGACUGGAAGCUGAUCACCAUUUUUAUUGGUGGAAAUGAUGUUUGUGCACACUGCGAGAACAGUCUCUUAUUCUCUGUGGAAAACUACAUAAAGUUUCUCCAGGAAAGCUUGGACUAUCUUCAUAAAGAGGUUCCCAGAGCUUUGGUGAACCUUGUGGAGCCUCUACAUAUAAUCCCGCUUAGAGAAAUGCACACGGACAAAUCACUGAAAUGUCCAACAUGGCUCGUAAAUAUAUUGUGCCCGUGCGUUGUCUUGCCAGAGCCCAACUCUGAAGCUCUUCAGAUUUUGGAGACCCUCAACAGAGGAUAUCAGCGCUCGCUGCAUAAGCUUGUUGAAUCUGGCCGUUACGAUACGCGCCCAGACUUCACUGUGGUCAUUCAGCCUUUCCUCAGAGACAUCACUAUGCCCAGACUGCCGGACGGCCGCCCGGAUCGUUCUUUCUUCAGCGCUGACUGCUUCCAUCUCAGCCAAAAAGCCCAGACCCUGAUGGCUCGUUCCCUUUGGAACAACAUGCUGGAACCUCUGGGCGCCAAAACCUCCAGCCAGGAUUUUAAUUCUGCUAUUGAUCUGAAAUGCCCAACAAAGGACUCACCCUUUAUUCGGACCUAUAAUAACAGUGACUACAUGUAUUCUGGACCCCCUCCAACACCGGAACCUAUUAAUGACUGGGGAAGUGAUUUUUCUUGCAACAACUUGACUCCACCUGACAGUCAACCAACAUCAGUUCACAAGCUGAGACCAUCAGACAUACGGGUUGUUGCAGCACUGGGAGACUCUUUAACAGCGGGCACUGGUGCAAAAUCGAAAUCCCUGCUGGAUAUGAAUACAGAAUUCAAAGGAGUAUCAUGGAGCAUCGGAGGGGAUGAAACUUUGGAGACUGUCACAACACUGCCAAAUAUUUUGAAGAAGUUCAACCCUGGUUUGAAGGGUUUCUCCAAAGGUCAAGGGCGAUGGCAAAAGGGCUUCAACUUGGCUGUUGCUGGAGCAAAGAGCUCGGAGCUUACUGAACAAGUCAAAGCUCUCAUCAAGGCCAUGAAAGAAAAUAAGGAGGUGAAUUUUGAAACUGACUGGAAACUUGUGACAGUUUACAUCGGAAUAACGGAUCUUUGUAAUUACUGCUUGGAUCAAAAUAAUUUCUCACCAAAGAACUACAGCAACAACCUCAUGCUUGGUUUGGACAUGCUUUACAACGAGGUACCAAGGGUGCUGGUAAACCUGGUGGACAUCAUGCAGAUUGAUGUGUUUAAGACUGUCAAAAAAGACACGCUGCUCUGUUCACUAGAGCAGAGGUCCAGCUGUCACUGUGUUAUCAAUCCAGCCGACAACUCUCCAGAGGUUGCAGAAAUCAAACGAAUCAAUCGCAAUUACCAGACUGAGAUCGAGUAUCUUGUCUCUGGGGAUCGUUAUGAUGGAAAAGAAGACUUUGCGGUUGUGCUGCAACCCUUUUUCCACUACUCCUUCAUCCCUCAAACUGGAGUGGGCGAGACAGACACAAGUUUCUUCUCUGUCGACUGCUUCCACAUGAGCGAACGGGCUCAUGCGGAGAUGGCCAUCGCACUGUGGAACAACAUGCUGGAGCCUGUUGGCAGGAAGCAGGUCUACAACAACUUCACACAUGACCGCUCCAAGAUUCGCUGCCCCUCUGAGGCCUCCCCGUUUAUCUUCACUAAAAUCAACAGUCUACCAGCACCUCCCGUGCCUACUGCUGAUCCCACCACCGACGGCAUCGCCACCACCCUCGGUUCCACUACGCUGCCGAGGUGUUCGGCCUCCAUUCCUGUGUGGGUGCCUGUGGUUGUGGGAGUUGUUAGUUUACUGGCUGGCAUCAUCGGCUGCUGGCUCGUUAUGUCCUUCAUUCGACGUACAAAAACCAAGAAGAGUGCAAACAGCUUUCAAAAUAGAGCCACUGAGUUUUAAAGUUCAAGUUCUUUGUGGAAUUUUAAAAAGCCUUUAUUGGUUUCCCUUGAAGGCCUUCUGAAUAAUUCCCUAAUUUCAAAACAAGAGUUUUGGGGUUUCUUUGUUUUGCUUGGUGACUUUUGCCAGCAGCUGGUAAUCUGAAACUGUUCCAUCUUGUAGCUCAGUUUAUCAGUUUGGUAACCAAGUAAUUUGUGUUUCUGUAUAUUGAUUCAAUUAAGAUUUAUGAGUCUAGAAUAGAUGUUUUGUAUAUUUCUCCAUAUUCAAAUUUAUUUAUUGAUAAAAUAAAAAAAAAAAAAAUUUGAUGUACCUAAAAACUGUGUUUGUUUUAUUUCUCUUUAGCCUGCAAAGUCUGACCUGGUCCUCCAUAAAAAAGAAAAAAACAACAACAACUAGCAAUGCCUUUAAUUGAUAUUAAUAACUUUCCAUUCAAUAUCUGUGAAUUGACUUCUUCAGUUCGGUGAACAAAAGAAGUGAAAAAAUAUAUAUAUAUGAGAUUAUUUUGUCACAAACUCAC